CGCAUUCCAACCAUAACCAUUUCUUCAUCAUAUUGUCAAAAUCACCCACAUCCCAAAAAUCCAAAUAUGUACGAGGAUGUUAUGAGUCAAAUCAAAGGGAGAACAGUCCAAGCCCUGGAAGACAUCAAGACUCACACCACACGAAUGUUCGAGGAACAAACUCAUGCAGCACAGGCUAGGAUCAGAACCAUCGAAGAUAACGCUAAGAAUGAAAUGGCUAGGAUACAGGCUGAUUUAGAUUUGAAAAUGGAAGAGACUAAGAAAAUCCACAAAGACGCCGUCACAAACAUCAGGGCUUUCGAGAAAGAAGCGAUUGCUGUCUUGAAAGACCUUUGGCAGUCUACUAGAUCCAAGCUCCAAGAAAUGUGUGAUAAUACAGCUGAAGUGGGAGCAGGGAGCUUCGUGACUACAAUGACCAAAGAUAUAAUUACAAACACCAACGCGUUGCUCGAUAAGCUGAUCGCAAUGAUCAAAAGCUGCGCAGCAUCUGCAGUGAACACUCUGGAUGCGUAUCUGAAGGAUAGUACGGGAGGAGCUACAUCUAGCAAGGAAAACGAAUGUUCAAAGGAUACUUACAUUAAUCGUCAAUAAAGUGCGUCUAUUCAUCGGUA